AUAUCAAUUCUCCUCUCCUUAAUUUCGCCAUUUUCUUUCCCAACUUUAAUAAUCUAUCAUGAACAGCGACCUCGGCCUGAUCAAGGUCUCCGCCGCCGCCGCGGCCGAGGGCUCGUCCAGAUCCACCGCCGGAGAUCAGGCGCCGCCGCCGCCGCUCAGCCGCUACGAGUCGCAGAAGCGGCGGGACUGGAACACGUUCGGGCAGUACUUAAAGAACCAACGGCCGCCGGUGCCGCUGUCGCAGUGCAACUGCAGCCACGUCCUCGAAUUCCUCCGCUACCUCGACCAGUUCGGAAAAACUAAGGUUCACCUUCACGGCUGCGUGUUCUUCGGGCAGCCCGACCCGCCCGCCCCCUGCACCUGCCCCCUCCGCCAAGCAUGGGGCAGCCUCGACGCCCUGAUCGGCCGCCUCCGCGCCGCCUACGAGGAAAACGGCGGAUCGCCGGAGAACAACCCCUUCGGCAACGGCGCCAUCCGGGUUUACCUCCGGGAAGUGAAAGAAUGUCAGGCCAAAGCUAGAGGGAUUCCGUACAAGAAGAAAAAGAAGAAAAGAUUGAAUCCCAUCAAAGGAGUCGGCGGCCAUGAUCACCAUCCUCAUCAUCAUCAACAUCACCCUCACAAUAAUCUGAAGCAAUCCACUUAGCAUCUCUGCUAAGCUUUAAUAAAAGCUCUCCGUCACCUUCACCACAUCAAACGAAAAGGUUAGUGAAAGCAGAUGGGUGGCGGAGCUUCUAUGAGAAAGAGAAAAGAGAUAAUGAAGACAUUUGAUGAGAUGUAGGUGUUGUUGUCUUGGCGAAUUAAAAUGAAAGCACCACUGGAUUCAAUGGAGGAGUCUUACGUUAUCAACAUUUUAGUAUAAGUACGUAAUUGUCAUGAAGGAUAUGAUGAAACACAGACAAAACCCACAUGUAUGCAAUUAUAAAACAAUCACUUCUUUUUAUCUUUCUAUUUCUCUAUUAAUGUAAAUAUAUGAAAUUCAACAA